AGUGACCAGGUUGCCAUCGAAAGGGCGUCAAAUGCUCAGCUUGAAAUCCGAUUUCAUUUGGCUCGAAAUAUGGAAUACUCACCGUCUCAAAUCCAGCCUAUUACGAAACUUUUCCCCAUCUGCCUUCUAUCAUGACAUGAACGCGUACAAUACAUAUCGAUCGCACUCAACACGUCGCCGAUGAUGUCAUGCUCGAUUACCUGUCCGGUUUUCAGCCUUGUCCGCCAAAAUCCACCAUGGGCAGCCGUCUGGAAAAGAACUCGGCCGCGGUGCAGAAGCGCAUAGCGAGCCAUGAGUUCAACAGCGAGGACGGCGAGGAGUACGAACCAAGCGAGUUUGGAGGCUUCAGCGACUACUUCCGGAGGAAGAAGCUCAAGCUGCAGAACCUCGACGCCGAAUUGCGCGCCGCCGCCGGAGACAAGCCCCAGAUAUUCAAGGGCAUCGUAGCCCAUGUCACGGGCUACACUCAGCCACCACUGCACGUUCUGCACAAGGAACUCGUCCAACAUGGAGCUGGUUUCCUGCAGUACCUGGAUUCCAAGACCAUGGCAACCCACAUCAUCGCCUCGGCCAUGCCGCCCAAGAAGACGAUCGACUUCACCAAAUACCGCAUCGUCAAGCCUGCAUGGGUUAUUGAUUCCAUCAAGGCUGGGAAACUCUUGCCCUGGACUGACUACCGUGUCAUUGACGACGGUCCAAGGCAAAAGACUAUCAAGCUGGACGGCGGCAAGAUGUUCAACCAGGCAACCCAGCAAUCCCCCGUUGGAUACCGUGAACAGACCCAGAAUAGCUUCUAUACCAGCCAGUUCCAGAAACCGACCGGUCGUCCAGAAUCCCACACUUCUAGCAGCCCGUUCCAGCCUCCGUCUGCGAGAAAACCUCCCCCCGCUGCGCUCGAGACGAUCGAUGACUUUGACGACAUGGACGUGGACAUGCUUCUUGAGGAUCCAGUGGUCGUAGAACAACAGACCCACGAUACCGUCUUGACGAAUCAGCCGCCAGAUACCGGUGACAGUCGCAGGGAAGAGGAGACCGAGGUCUUUGAAUCCAGCCACAGCUCCAAGGCCCCCGAGAAGCCGCCUGCCGAGAAACCCAUGACUUCCGAGGAGCACAAUGCCAUGCUUCUCCAGGACCCCAAAAUCCGGAAGUCGUCCACUGCAAAUCCCGACUUUUUGAAGCAGUAUUACUCCGAAAGUCGUCUGCACCAUCUGUCGACAUGGAAGGCCCAACUGAAGUCGCGCCUGAUGAGCUUGACCGCCGACAAAGGCUUGGCAGUGAAAGCCGCCAAGCGUAAGAGCGGCGCACGCCGAUACAUCAUGCAUGUCGACUUCGACAGCUUCUUUUGCGCCGUUUCACUGAAGCACCAUGCCCCUGAAUAUCGCGACAAGCCAGCCGUUGUCGCACACAGCACCGGCAGUGGUUCAGAGAUUGCGUCUUGCAACUACCCUGCCAGGAAAUUCGGCGUCAAAAACGGCAUGUGGAUGAAACGCGCCCAGGAGCUCUGCCCAGACCUCAAGGUAGUGCCAUACAACUUCCCAGCCUAUGAGGAAGCGAGCAGGCUGUUUUACGACGCCAUUAUGGAUGUCGGAGGCAUUGUUCAAAGUGUGAGCAUCGACGAGGCGCUGGUCGACAUCACCGAUAUCGUGCUCUCCGCUGCUGGAUCCAAGGGCGUUGGGGUCAGUGAAGGCAGCAUCUGGAGGGAGCAAGAGAAAGCCGACGAGAUUGUCUCGAACUUACGGGCCGAAAUCAAGAAGAAGACAGACUGCCAUGCGUCAGUUGGUAUCGGAGGCAACAUCCUGCUCGCUAAGAUUGCUUUGCGGAAGGCGAAACCCGCUGGCCAGUAUCAAAUACGACCGGAGCAGGUUUUGGAUAUUCUCAGCGAUCUCAAGGUCGAGGAUCUCCCCGGUGUGGCUUACAGCAUCGGCGGGAAACUCGAAGAGAUUGGAGUCAAGUUUGUGAGGGACCUACGUCAGACAUCCAAGGAGCGCUUAGUUUCCGUUCUGGGUCCCAAGACGGGCGAGAAACUGUGGGAAUUUGCUCGGGGCAUUGACCGCACCGAGGUUGGCGAGCAGCCAAUCCGCAAGUCAGUCUCGGCCGAUGUGAACUGGGGCAUCCGGUUUGUGAACCAAGAGGAAGCUGAAGAGUUCGUCUGCAACCUAUGCAAGGAGUUGGAGCGGCGCCUACUGAAUGAAGGUGUUAAGGGGAAGAAUUUGACCAUGAAAAUUAUGAGACGUGCGCUGGACGCCCCUCUGGAUCCUGCCAAACACCUGGGCCAUGGCAAAUGUGAUACGUUCACCAAGAGCAUCGGUUUUAGGGUUGCCACCAACGAUGGCGAGGUUAUUGGCAAGGAAGCAGUCGCCAUUUUGCGUUUCUACAAGUUCAGCCCAGGAGACCUCAGGGGUCUGGGAGUCCAGAUGACCAAGCUAGAGCCCAUCAAGCCAUCCGCUGCUCCUGAGGGGAGCCAAAAGAAGCUCACCUUUGCCGCUAUGGCUCCGCCAGCGAAGCGGCCAAAGACAGAGCAGGUUGAUGACGACUCCGGGCCAGGAAAGCCCAGCCGCCCCUCUGCGCAGGAGGUCACGGAAGAUCCUAUCUCAGUCGACCCGCUGACGCCCAGAAAGCCCAAAGUUCACCCAGCGCUGGCCCUCGCCAGGGCGAACGCAGCUGAUGAGAAGGCCAGUUCGCCUCUCAAUAUCGCUGGCACCCAGUUCAUCAUCCCGUCCAACGUCGACCCUACCGUGCUCGCGGAACUACCCCAGGAUAUCCGCAGCCGGCUCAUGAACCAAGCCAAGAGAUCAGCCGUUCCCUCGCGCGACACAUCACCUCCCGUCAAGUCACGCUCCCAUAGUCCUGCCUUGACAGACGACAUCCCCUCCGACGUCGACCCGGACGUCUUCAAAGCCUUGCCCGAAGAGAUGAAAGCCGAGGUGCUCGCCUCCUACGGCCGCAGGAAGCGCCAAGGCGGCGGACAGACGGUCCUUCCCCAAUCCCCACGCAAAGACAAGGUGAUCCACCGCCCCAAGGAGAAGCAUACCCCGACCAAACGCGGCGGCGGUAUCAAAACCCUCCUCAGCCGCGCCCGCGGCAGAGAGCGCCAGCAGGACGCCGAGGCGGGUCUGAUGCAGACCAACCUAGCCCCCCUCACCCGCCCUCGCGGUCACAAGGAAGCGUCACCGGACGCCGACCAGAUAGCCGACCUCGACCCGGCCGUCCUGGCGGAGCUCCCCGAAGAUGUCCGGCGCGAGGUCGUAGAGGACCACGCGCGUCGCCGCCGCCAGCAGCAGCAGCAGCGGUCCGGCCUGGCUUACCAUGCCCCUGCUGCUGCGGCUGCCGCCCGCCGGGCCCGCCAGGAAGAAGGCCAGGUUGGCGGCGGGCAAACGCGGCUCAAGUUCCCUAACAAACCGCCCAAGGUGAUGUUCACCCAGUCCGGACUGACGUCGCUCAAGGAUGUCAAGGAUAUGUUGGAGGUGUGGCACAAUGCGACGAGGGCGGAGGGGCCGCACCGGGCGGAUGUCGAGGUUUUUGAGCGGUAUGUUGCGCGGGUGGUGAAGGAGGAGAAGGAUAUGGAGAAGGCGAGGGUGUUAGUUAAGUGGCUUGGGUGGCUUGUUGAGGAGCAGGGCGAGGAGGGGGGGUUGGGGAAGAGGUCGUGGAGGGAGGCGGUGGAGAAGGUGGAGGCGGCUGUUCAGGCGGCGAUGAAGGAACGAGGGUUUGGGAGGUUGGAUUCUGGGUGAGAACCUACAUGUGUGUGGGCCCGGGUUGAGAGGGUCACUGUAUGGGAUGUGUAGGAAUAGGAACAAGCCGAAAUAGGCACUUGUUGAAAAUGAAUACAAGAGGGCAUUCGAA